AUGAUUAGUGGUGGCGGUGAUUAUGGUGGCGUUUUAUGCAUUAACAAUGGCGGCGGCAUGCUGUGGUUGAUGGUUAACGUUGCGGUGGCUAGUAGUAUGAUGGAAACGGCGACGUCUUUUAUUGUGGCGUCGAUACGAACUGUUGUACAGUGCUGUACGGUGAUAUAUAAUACUGUAGCGUCAUGUACGGCAGCGUCUUGUUUUGCGACAUGUUAUGCGGCAGUGUAUCACGUCGUGGCAUUCAAUCUAACAUGUUAUACGAUGGCGUCCCAUGUUGCGGCGUCAUCACAUCAUGUUGUACGUUACUAUGAGCGACAACUUCGUGCUGUGGCGACGUCCCGUCAAUGCGGCGGCGAUUAUAUAUCAUGGCAACAUCCGGCACUUCAAGUGGCAACUUCCUUUUGUGGAGGCAUCUCAUCGAUACUACUGCAAUCGUAUAUUGCGGCAGCAUCCAGCGCUUAUAGCGGUAACUUCGUGUUACGACGGUGUCCCGGCAGUGUUGCGGCAACAUCCGGCACUUGUGCUGGCAUCCCGGCGAUUCUGCAGUGGCCUCUUGUUCCGGCAGUAUCCAGGGUAUCUUGCAAUAUUCUGGUUAUGUCGUGGAAUUCUCAUACUAUGGUGAUGUCCGGAGUAUAUUACGGCGUUCCGGUGUUAUUGGGCAUUCUGAUGGUGCAGCAGUGA